CCUUCUGCCGCAGUGCGUGUGCUACCGCACUGCUGAUCCGAGGUGCGGAAAUGUGCCUAUAAAUUGGCCAUCAGACGUGGAUGCAAAUACCCAAACGGAUGGGAUGACACCAAGAUGGCGGGAAAAGACUGGCUCACCCACUUCCUUAAACGCAACACUACGUUGUCGAUUCGCCGACCUCAAGCCACCAGCAUGUCCCGUUCCACCAGCUUCAACAAAACAAAUGUGUCUGCUUUUUUUAACAACCUGCAGACAGUUCUUGCCCGUCACCUUUUUGAAGCUAAGGACAUUUGGAACAUGGACGAAACGGGUACAACAAAGUGCCCUGUAAAAUAAUAGCCACCAAGGGGAAGCGCCAGGUCGGUGCAGUGACCUCUGGGGAGAGGGGGACAUUGGUCACCACUGCCCUAGCUGUAAAUGCACAAGGCAAUAGUAUUCCCCCGUACUUCAUCUUUCCCAGGAAGAAGUUCCAGGACCACUUUGUGAGUCGUGGUCCCAUCGGCUCUGCUGGUUCUGCAAAUAGCUCAGGAUGAAUGCAGGAUGUCAACUUUCUGGCCUUUCUCCAGCACUUUGCCAGACACACCCGUGUGAAUCUGGAGUCAAAGGUACUGCUGCUCCUUGACAACCACUGGUCACACCUUUCUCUGGCAGCAAUUGACUUUUGUCGGUCAAAUGGCAUAGUGUUACUAUCUUUCCCACCCCACUGCUCACAUCGUCUCCAGCCACUCAACAGGAGCGUCUUCGGUCCACUGAAGAGAUAUGUUAACACAGCAGCAGAUCACUGGAUGAGAACACACCCUGGAAAAACGUUGUCCAUCUAUGACGUUCCAGGCCUAGUGGCCACAGCUCUGCCACGAGCAGCGACACCAAGCAACGUAACACCAAGCAACGUAAGAUCUGGCUUUGUGUGCACUGGCAUCUGCCCCUACAACUCAGAUAUUUUUGAUGAGCAAGACUUCUCACCUGCCUACGUCACCGACCGCCCUGUUCCUUCACUGGUACCAUGUGGUCCUACACCACAUUGCCACAUACAACCACUCAGCCUGAGCCUGUUUGAGGGAGGGCUGCUGCCAGAGUAUCCUGGUGGUUCAAAGUCUGCCAUCCCUGACCAGUGUGACCACCCAGCUGUCUGUUCAGCUGUCCCACCUGAAGAAGAGGGAAGAGGUCUGCUUGCUGUCCCAGGAGGGACCGACAGGCACGCUAGUUCUGUCCAGACAUUCAUUCCUGAGAAUGUACGUCCCUUUCCAAAGGCUGGUCCCAGAAAAGACACAAAACAAAGAGGCAAAAGGAGGUCAACAGUGAUCCUCACAGACUCUCCGGUGAGGGCAGCUCUGGAGGAGGAGCAACAAAAAAGGGUCCAGAAGAAGCCGUCUGCACCAAAGAAAAGGCUCCUUGGUCGCGGAGGCACUGCACCCACAGUUUCCCAGGACAAGGAUGAGGAAUGUCUUGUGUGUGGGGAAACAUUCAGUUCGUCUUUGCCUGGGGAAGUGUGGGUGAAGUGUCUCUUUUGCCAACUCUGGUCACAUGAGGCAUGCACUGAGGGUGCAGAGCAUUAUAUCUGUCACAACUGUGACGAUGAGUAGUCUUAUGCCUUUUGUUAUUUUCUUGUUUGUUUGUAGGCUACUGUUUAUUUGUUAACGCCAUUAACAUUAGUCAGGUUUCUGCAGCGACUAUUAAAAUAUGAAUUAUAUGAAACAUGUUUUAUAAAAUGUAUUGACAUGAAAUAAAUUAAAUGAAAAUAAAUAUUCUAACAAUUCAAGUUUGUACUGUCGGGUUACUUUUGAAAUAUUUGAUGAAACUGAAAUUUAAAUAAAUGUAGGCAUUAAUAUUUUGGCAAAAAUAAAGGACAAAAU